AUGGGCGCCUUUUUCCCAGGCAUUCACCCAAAAUUUCAGGAAAUCGCUGAACAAACAGGUGAUCAUGAUGCGGUGCGACGUCUACAGCAGGAACUUGAAGAGCUGGAUUCUAGAGCUGAACGAGCGGAGAAAAAACGAUGCGCAGACAUAUCCGCGAUCAACUGGAUAAAUCAACGCAAUCGCAACAAGAUGAAGGAACAUUUUCUCGGCGAUCGUGUCGAGAUCGAUAUGGGGCACCAGGACGAUCCGUUCACACGGAAAAAGGGACUUAUGAAGGUGGUUUCCGGUACCAAAGGAGCUGCGCAACUACUUGAGGCAGGCACUUCGACACCACCAACAACUUCAGCGGCACCACCUGAAGCAAAAUCGUCCCCGUUCAUGACACCGAGUGGUCGACCACCGCAGAUGUCGAAAAGCGCCAGCAAUUUAUUCGAUCUACAUAGUAGCAUUAAAAAAAUCGACCUUGAUAUAGAUUUAGGAAAAUUAGCUCGGCCAGCACCGAGCCGAGUUGAGGAUUCUUUACAUCUGCCGUCUCCGCGCCCAACUGCACCCUCACCAGCGUCUGGAACCAGGCCUCUUUCGUUGGAGGACUAUCGUCGUCGCAAGGCGGCAGCGGCUCAUGCGCAGUGA